AAAUCAAAGGCUGCAUGCUGCUGGGACAAGGAAGGGGUGUGGCGGGAUUGUUUCCCAAUCGAUGCAAUCUGGAGGUCCCCCCACAGUCAUAGGAGCAGCAGCAGUACUGGCGUGAGAGGCGGAAAUGUCCGCUUAGAUAAUGGAAAGGAUAUACAUGUGCGUCUACAUUCAGGGUGGCUUCAACAAACGCACCUUCAUCAUUCCCUUUUGCCUAGUGAAGACGAUGGCAUUGCUGAACUUCUUAAAACCGCAGACGUCACAUUUUAAAACUGGCAGCAAGUGCUUCAUAUUUAAAUAGCUGUAGUUUAACAUGUUCCUUUGCUGUUUUUGGAUGUUGGAGACCUCUCUCUUUUACACAUCAUUUCUUUAUAACCCAACUGCCGUGGAUUUUGAAUAAUAGCAACAAAGUGAAGAGAUGAGCCACACGUUUUUCCAAAGCACUUUUUUCCGGGUGGGUAGAAUUAUGUGACUUGCUCGGGUGUGCAGAUCCACAUCAUGCCUGAGCUGGAUGGGUGUCACAACAACAGAAAUAUUUUUCCGGUGUUCAUCCUCUGUGGAAUGUACUUUGUGUUGAUAUUCUGCACCAAAGAGCUCAGUGGUUUAAGUUUCUCAGGUUACUUGACAAGACUGUUACAGAAUCAUACUGAUCAUGCAUGUGAUGGUGACCAUAUAACCCUUCAGUGCCCCCGACAUUCGACAAUAAGCAUACAGUCAGCAUUUUAUGGGAGUGGUGCAUACAGUUUUGAACGGUGCCCUAAACAACAGCUUGGAAUAGUUGGAAAGGAGAGCUGGAACUGCCUGGCUGAUACCACCCUACAGAAAGUCACAGAUGAGUGUCAGAACCAGAGAGCCUGCCAGCUUCUUGUGAACAGCCACCUUUUUGGACCUGACCCCUGUCCAGACCUUACAAAAUACCUUCUUGUCUCCUAUAAAUGUAAACCUACCGAGUACAAAACCAAAAUGGCCUGUGAAGGUACAGAGUUCAAGCUAAGGUGUAAAGAGUCCAGGCUAAUAGUCAUCUAUUCUGCAACUUAUGGCAGCUCGAUGCAGGAUGAGGCGAUCUGUACUUCAUUAUCCAGUCGCAUGCCUCAGUUUGAUUGCUUUUCAUACGCUGCCCUGGAUAUAAUUUCAAAGGCAUGUUCCAGGAAACAGAGCUGUCAGGUCAUGGUGAACAGUUCACAGUUUAGAAGCCCUUGUCUACCCGGAAUACAGAAAUAUCUUAAUGUUAGUUAUUCAUGCGUGCCAGAGGUAUUACUUAAAGAAGUGGAUCGUGCUCUUAACUCAUCAACCCCAGAACCGGAUCUGUGGGAGGAUGAUGAUGGUUUCUUUUUGUGUUUAACAGUCGAUAUUAAAGUGGACCCUAAAGGAUCACAGCUUCUAGAAAAAGAAGACAUGAUUGUUACCAGUAUACUAGCUACAUAUGCAUACAUCAAAGAUCACCAGGAGAAAGCUGCCUUGGUUUUUAUUUCAGGUGUCUGCAUUGGCUUAGCCUUCACUGUGUGUGCCCUAGUUAUUCACAUGUCCUGCAAAGGAGACAUCCGGAAGCUCAGACAGAAAAAGGAACCCCUUACUCCAGAGUCUGACAAUAAAAAUAGUGAGACAGAGAGUGGUACUGAUGAGUCAUCUGCGUCUGACUUUUCAGAUGAAAUGACUGGUUUAUACAGGAUUUCAUAUUCUGUUUAUGACCUAGCAGAAGCAGCUGAUAUGGCUGAAAGAAUAGAGCGUCGUGAACAGAUCAUGCAAGAAAUCUGGAUGAAUGGAGGACCAGAUACUUCUGUCUUACAGACUAUGAACCACUAUUACUGAACGGGUGAUAUGUGUUUACUUAGCAUGGCACACUAAAUUCUCAUGUGCCUCGUGAUAUAUGCCUUCUGUGAAGGAAUUUGAUAAGCUUCCAAUAUAAUGAGUUUAUAUAAAUCACCAUAUUUUUUAAACAUGACUGGAAUGGUUCAUAAAGCUUAUAACCCCAAAAUGAGAUCAGGGAAGAAUUUGAUAAACAAAGUUCAUAUUUUUAUUUAGUGUUGGCAGUUAAGUAUUUUUAGUAACAUGCACCAAUGUGUAGUCCUUCUUUUUCUUCUUAGCCUUUAUAAGAAAAAAGUAACAAUACUUUCAAUAUGAAGACUUAAACAGUGAAAUCAAAUGUAAGCCACAAUGUAUUUUCACAAGCUACUAAAUUUUGUAAUAUUUAAAAUGAGCUAUGAGUCUCUUGAAAGGAAAUUUUCAUAUUAAACUAAUAUAGGCAUUUUGCACAAGAUAAUUCCUAAGUCACUAUUCUAAAGCAAACGUUUGUUUCAAGAAAUUCAUAAAGCUAAAUAUCUGGUGAUAUUUCCUGAUAUUUCCAUUUAAAAAUAUUACAUGUAAAAGCAUAUAAAGUAGGCAUGUACUGGUAUGAUAAUAUAAGUAGUAGAUCUUCUCUACAGUAAAUGCUACUUUAUAUGGGUUAUCAAACAUAAUCUGUAUACCAUCUUCAGUAAUACUGAACUUGACUGUUGCUGUUAUUUCACCAAUGUGUUUACAUUUUCUUCACAUGUUAUUCAUUUUUUGAUGUAAUGUAGUUUGCAGUGGAGCUGACACUUCUAACCAAGCAUUAGCUGCAACCGAUUUCAAGGAUUCUUCUUACCUUUUGCUGUCCACCAGUUACUGUCAUACUUGUUUGAAUGGUCAAACAAUACAUGAAAAAUGUGUGUUCAAUGUAAUUUUUAAACACCAGAAUACCUAAUUGAUAUGUGUACUGUGCAUUCUUCAUUAUGUUUUGACAGAAUCUGUUCACAGCAGUGAUAAUUUGAUUAGCUAAUCUUGCUGGUUAAUGUGAGCCGUGUGCACCUUUGAAAGACCUCUAAAUCAUCUCAUAGGUGACUGCCAGACACAAAGUAGCAGCACUUAUAUAUUGUUAACAGCAAGCAAGGUAACAUUUCUGCAGAAGGGAUGGUCAUUUUUCUCACUCACAUAGAUGUGAGGAAUUCUGUCAAACAAAUUACAUAUUUUGUUGAUUUGUAAAUCCUUCUGUAUAAAUAAUUGGAUCAUUUUGUAAUCACAACAAAAUUCUGGGUUUGAUUCCUAAAUAUCAGUGUUUUAAUGUACCCUGUAUAAGCUUAAGUUAUGUGGCAUACAGUUAUAAAAUAUUGAUGUUUAUGCAGUGGUUGCAUAUCUGGGAUGCAUUCCUUAUGCAGCAGGUUUCAUUUGUCAGAUUGUCAUGCAGUAAUAAAGAAACAGAAAGAAUGA